GACGGAGGUGCUUCCGAAGCCCCUCGACGAGACGACAACGACACACGUGACUUCGUGAAGUGGACCAAGAACAGCGGCGAGGAGGAGAUCCACGAGUUCGAGUUCCGUUUUGAUUGUUGCAGAAUACGUUUGUGCAAUCACAAGAUCUUUAUCCAGUGCAUUUCAAUGGACAACCUUGUGGAUUCGCUCAAUAGUGCCUAUCAAGAUUUUGUUGCUGCAGCAGCAAAUGUGCUAGAAGUUAAGGAAAAUGCCGGUGCCCAGAAAGCAAUGGCAACCGACACUGCUCUAGAAAACUUUAAGCAGAAAUGGGAAUUGUUUCGAGUGGCAUGUGAUCAAGCCGAAGAGUUUGUGGAGUCUGUGAAGCAGAGAAUAGGAUCAGAGUGUUUGGUGGAUGAGGCAACAGGGUCCGUGGCAGGAAAGUCUGGACAAUCUACCACAACUGGACUUCCACCCAUCAGUGCAGUUCGGUUGGAACAGAUGAGUAAAGCAGUUCGCUGGCUUGUGAUUGAAUUGCAGCAUGGUUCUGGAUCUGCUGCUGCUAAUUCAGCUCAUUCUCAUCCCUCGGCUCCUUUUGAUGCUAGGUUUACUGAAGAUCCCGCACAGUGACUGAAAUACAACUGCCAAUUAUUCUGAGCGUUUUGUUUUCCCAUUUGCGUACGAGUUAUAUAUUGACGGAUGUGACUUGUAUGUAUAGCUCUUUGCAUCAGCCAAGUUAAAAUCCUUAAUUAGAAUUUCAGUUCCGCCCAAAUCAAAAGGAACUGUGAUCUUUUAAAUUGCAAAUCAAAGUGGAAUGUAUUUGAGCAUCGAAGUUACGAGGGGAGUGAGAGGAACCUAGAAGGAACAACAAACAAAAGGAUUAGGCUUUACAUGUUGGCAUGUCCCUGGUUUCUGCAGUUACUUCAUAGGAUUAGGCUUUAAAUGAAGAAAGCAUAUACUUCAUAGGAUUAGCCAUUUUUUAUUAUCCCCUUGCUCGUAUUUUUUUCCCUUUAGAAACUCGGGUCCUUCUUUAUAAAUUCAUAAAUUUAUAGUCCUUCGGUGUUUAUUGGGAUAAUCACUGCAUGUGUUCCUAGCUAAAUAGACGAGUGCAACGCUGAACA